UCCUCCUCCUCCUCAGCCUCUUCCUUCUCGGCCUCUUCACUCGCCGAGCUGGAAUCAGAUUCCGACUCCGAUCCCGUCUCCCAGAACACCUCGUUGUCUACCUCCCCACUCUGCAGCAGCUCCAGGAGGAAGGGUUUCUUAAGGAAGCUGCCGGUCGGACUCUCCGGAGGGCUUAAAUGUAGAGGUAACAAGACCCUCCUCCGGCCACACUUCCCGCGACAGAGAGAGGGCGCGGCUUCCGGGCUCCCGGGGAACGAAGUGUCACCCAUUUCCGGCUGCCGGGGAGCUUCGCCGGUGGAGACGUGCAGCCGGCCCGCGGUUGCGGGACAAAGGGUGACGCCGCGAGCCGUAGUCAUGGCGGCGCCGGAGCCCAGCCUGGAUGAGCGGAACGCCGAGGAGCCGCCCGAGCGGGAGGAGGCGGGCGGCUGUGCGGAACCCGAGCCCGACCACGCGAGCCGCUCGGCCCCGGAGCUCCCCGGCGCGCCGGUCGCCCUGAACGCGGCGCCGCGGGCCGAGGCCGCCCCGAGGCCCGGCCCCUCUCGGCCGGGCCCCGAGACCUUUCGCCAGCGCUUCCGGCAGUUCCGCUACCAGGACGCGGCGGGGCCCCGGGAAGCCUUCCGGCAGCUGCGGGAGCUGUCCCGCCAGUGGCUGCGGCCCGACAUCCGCACCAAGGAGCAGAUCGUGGAGAUGUUGGUGCAGGAGCAGCUGCAGGCCAUCCUGCCCGAGGCGGCCCGGGCUCGGCGGCUGCGGCGCCGCGCGGACGUGCGCAUCACUGGCUGAGCGGCGGAGCGCGGGCCUCCCUGGACUGAUACCCAGCCCCGAGUUAAUGAAAGUUGAAUUUGGUCA